GUAGCUCUGCGUUUAAUUUCACCUAGUUGCUCCUUUCUCACGUGUUUUUGUUCAGUUUUUGUUUGUCGGAACGCGAGUAUUCACAAAAAAUGCACGGGUCCGACAAUUUAUUUUUCGCACACUAAUACGUUUCUAGGUUCCGUCUCAAACCUAUCAAUAAAUUCCUCUCAAGACUGUUGAUACGUUCGUCUUGCGCCAAUAUUAAAUAUCUCGUCGGUCUUGCUGGCGGGAAAAAUCUAACCUCAACUUAAGCAACGAGUAAUUACGAGGUUUUAGAGAUUUUAGGAUUACAAGAUGGCUGAACGACUGGAAGAUCUGAAUCUGCCCAAUGCGGUUGUAACCAGGAUCAUCAAAGAAGCCCUGCCGGACGGAGUGACAGUCGGAAAAGACGCCAGAAUAGCGGUGGCGAAAGCCGCCUCUAUCUUUAUACUCUAUCUCACAUCGACAUCUAAUUCGGUGGCAAAGAAAGCCAAUCGCAAGACCAUCACCGGGCCGGAUGUGAUUCAGGCGAUGGCAGACAUCGAAUUCGAUCAGUUCGUUGAUCCGCUGCAAGAAUCUCUGGAGAACUUCAGAAAGGUUCAGAAAGAGAAAAAAGACGCGACAACCAAGAAAAAACAACAAAAGAAGGACGAAGAUGACGUAGUGAUCAUCGAAGAGGAAACGGGAAGAGAAAAUGCGGAUAAUUAAAUAUAAUUUUUUUUUUUUAUAGAUCUUUCUCUCUGUAAAUAAGAACACACAUACAUAUAGUUUAUUUUAAAUAUAGGAUAUUGUUGUGUAUAGUUACAAAAACAAAAAACAGAGUAUUUCCUGGAGAAAUGCACCGACAGAUUAGAAACAAAACAGGUAGAUAUUUAUUUCAUCGUAAUACUUAGCUUUAAUACACAAUAUUUAAUUUGUAUAUAAUACAUGUAUAUCUGCAUGUAUGUUUUUUCGGUAUACUUUUAUUAUCAUGUGUUUUGGAAGAUAUGUUUUUGAAACGUUUGCAAUAUAAUGGCAAACAAAUUUGUGCAUCUGGUUAAAAAACUAUAUAGGAUUUUUAAUCUGCAACCAAAAUUUAUUCAACCGAGAUUUAUAAUUGUGUCUUCUCGCGAUCAAGUAGCGACGCGCUACUGUUUUCUCCUUCUCACUUAACUCUGAAAAUUCCAGUUUUUUUUUUAUUUUUUUUUUAUUUUUUUUAAUCAAUUCGACGGUGACUUCUCACAAUUUGCGUUUAUCAAAGAGUUGGUGUAUAAAUUAUUUUGUAUAAAAGCUUACGUGACGGUUUUUCCUUUUUAUAAUUCUCUUAUUCAAAAUGUCGUAAUCUGUGCGGAUAUGUUUGCGAGAGUGAUUAAUAUAAGGAGUGCAGGUAUUUGUAGUGCGUGUCGAAUGCGUCCGAAUUG